AUGGAGAAAGUCAGUGGCGACAAAAGCACGGUGUCUAGCUGUCACAAAAAACCUUCUUAUGCCCCAUGGUACACCGUUCCCAAGCAACCCAUUGUGAGUGUUGAGCAUCCGUUCAUCAUCAAGGAUGUCGACAAAGGACUAGCAACCCUCGGAAGUCCCAGCAAGUUGGAAGAGCUGGUCCAAGAAGAUGACGCUAUCGCCAAUCUGUAUCUGAAGCCGGGAGAUCGCAUGUCCAAACCCUUGAAGUCGGCCAAUGUCAGCACGAAUAAUAUCCUUCUGAAGGUGACGGUGCCGAAGAGAACUGGCCUAAAGCGUAGGCGCGGUGCAGGGGGUCCGUAUCAUGAAGGCGCCGAAAUAGAAAUGCUCGGAGAGCGAGCGGCGCCUAUGGUCAUGGACGCUCAAUACCUUUUCCGCUCAAUGCACGACAAUCCAAAGAGCUAUCAAGUCGAAGCAAUUGGUACUGUCCACCAGACUCAUCGCUUCCGAGGUAUGGAAACAUUGUUUCCUGAGGCUGGAUUUGAGUGCGCUGAUACCGUUAGGCAUGCCGGACUUCGUCACCUCGACCGAGAACAUGCCGCUCACAAAGAAAUUCCGAGAACAUAUAUUACCAAUCGACUUUAUCGCCAAAAUCCUUGUGUAAAGCGAGUCGUUGAUCAUCUGGGUAACGUCCGCACCAUCAAUGUGCAAGCUGGUCCAAAGAUUACGAAUCCUCCUGUGCCUUUUGAUGUCAAUGUCGUCCCACAGGGUCCUUCACCAGAUCUUCCUGCUAUCGAGACUCUGACGCCCGCAAUGCAGCGGUUGGUCAACAAAGCGCUUAGUAUAAUGCAGGACAGGCCUAUUUUCACCCGAAGAGCACUUUACAACUGUAUGCCAGGCAAUGACUGGGAUAUAUUGGGUCACAAUGCUGCCAAAUACGUCUACCAGUACGCGGGAUACAUGUUCUCGUCUGGCCCUUGGCGCGAUGCUCUUGUUAGAUAUGGCGUAGACCCACGCACGGAUCCCAGCUUUAGGAUCUAUCAAACUAUGAUCUUCUUGCUAGAAAACGAGCGUAAAGACAGUCGAGCAAGAUUCAAUCGGACUAGACCUGACCGAACGAAGACCGAACAAGUGUCGAGGAAAGAGAGCCAUCUUUUCGAUGGCGUGACCGUCAGCAAGGACGGGAAGAUAUGGCAAGUUUGCGACAUCUCAGAGCCGUUUCUGAAAAGCCUCUUGUCCACCAAUAAUCUUCGUAAAGAGUGUCACAUUGAAAGGGAUGGCUGGUACCAUAACGGCACCUGGGCAAAAGCCAAAAUUAUCAUGAAAGCCAAAAUUGCUGCUAUCCUAGACGGUGUGCCCUCGAAUGACGCCGCCUUCGCCAAAGUCGCAGAUGAGAUGCCCGAGAUUAUGAGAAACAAUAACAGAGCCGCAACGUAUCUAAGCCCGAAUGCAACGCCAGAGGAGACUCAUUUAGCAAGUGUGAUCCGUACCACUGCUCAAAUGCAUUACUCAGCCAACCAAGACGGGACAAGAGGGAACGACGGCUAUGAUGAUGAGCGAGACCAAGAUGAAGAGAUAGCGAUGCCAGCGGUGCUUGACGACGGCCUGAUAGAUCCGAGGAUUACUGAAGCUGUUUCGCAGUUUGCGCCUCGAUUCCGAGGCUGA